AACAGUAAAAUGAUGGAGUCUACUUAUAAAUGUCAAUAUGACAAAAUAAUUUACACAUAAAAUUCUAAAAAUGUGUGCGAUCGAUGGAUUGCGUCCUCUACAUGCUAAAUGUGGAUAAAAUGCACUGCACGAUCAACGGAUUCUCAAAUAACAAAUUUAUGAUUCGCGCACCACAAUCGCUAGAUCGUGCAAAUCACUCAAAGACUAUUUAAAUGUGUGUCUAUGAGACUACUUGUAUAUAAGGCUACCGUUAUACGUCCAUAUGUCUUAGUGUCUGUCUCUGUGUGACUAACUGUAUAUGUCUAUGAGUUUACUUGUGUAUGUCUGUGUGUCUACUUCUAUAUAUCUAUUGUGGAAAAACUUGUUGGAUGACAGCAGAUGAGUGGACUCUAGUCCUGACGGCUUUAUAUUUCGGUCCUCUUCAGACGGACAGACUCGUGCCACCACUACAGACGAGCACGAGCCGGUUGAGGGUUCGAUUCCCGUGCACGGCGUCCUGCUGCACGAGCGCGAUGGAGAAAGUUCGCAGGAUCCUGGUGUUCGUGGGGAGAGAUGGAGCCGCGCCGCAGCGAGCUCACUUCCUGCAGAGUCUGACUGGUUACCUCGGCAAUGGCGUCGAUGACGAGGUGGAGGUGAGCUGCUCGCUGGAGAAGAACCGGUUCCUUCUCCAGAACUUCCAGGACCGAGGGCCCCGGAUCGUCCUCAAGAGACCCGCCUUCUGCCCCAUCAAGCACCUGUCAGUCACAGAGGCUGCUGCGGUUCCGCCGGACGUCCAGCAGCGAGGGGUGGACGUGGGCGUGGCCAUCCUCCUGCAGACAGCCAAUCAGAGAGUGCUGCUGACACGGAGAACAAAGGAGCUCCGGAUCUUUCCAAACGUCUGGGUCCCCCCAGGCGGCCAUGUUGAACAGGAUGAGACGCUGCUGGAUGCAGGUCUGAGGGAGCUGGAGGAGGAAACUGGACUCAGACUGGACCCACAUCAUGUUUCCUCGGAGGUUCUGGGACUGUGGGAGUCGGCGUAUCCUCCCAUGCUGUCCAGAGGACUUCCUCACAGACGUCAUGUGGUGGUCUUCAUGCUGCUGCACUCCCCCCUCACACACCUGGAGCUGCAGUCCUCCCUGAGUGUCUGUCCCGCUGAGGUCAGCGCCUGUCUCUGGGCCGACCCCCAGCUGGCGGGCGCCGUGGUGUCCUCAGUGGACGGUGAGGACGGCGAGGUGUGUCUGGACGGUCUUCCGAGCAGCGUCAGCGUGUCCCAGGUCUCUGCGGACGGCGCUCUGGUCCAGUCCUCGCUGCCUCUCGCCGUCCUUGUUGGGCGGGCGCCGGCCAGCGGUCCAGAUGUGGAGCGGGUCGCCACCGGGACCAAGUUCGCCCUGGAGCUGUGGCUGAGGCGGCUGAGGCCCUGACCCCUGACCUCUGACCUCUGAGCUGCAGGAGCCCUGAAGGGCAGCCUGGAUGAACGAGAAGACGUUUGAAGCUGUGACUCCUGUUGACCUUCAUCCUCCAGGCCAGCAGGCGGCAGUGCAGACCAGCAGAUUAGUAACGUUACUGCUUGACAGGUGGAAACGGGACUGAAAUACUGUCACUGAGUAGAAGUAUCUUCACUUUGCUGAAUUUCUACCCAUCUGAAAGUGAAAGUACGCAUCUGAAACCUGUUCCUGUGAAAUAAAAAUGAAAAAGGACGAGUCAUAAAUCCAAGACGAGUCGUUCA